UGUAGCUACAAGGUCCCUAGUUUGGUCCUGAACCUCUUGUGUGAGAUCUCUGGUUUGACCACUUUAAAUUGCCCCUAGGUACGAGUGUGUAUGUGUACCUUGUGAUGGACUAGCAUCCCAUCCAACGUGUAUUCCCACUGUAGGCCCAGUGCUCCUGGGAUAGGCUCCGAAUCCACCGUUACUCUAACCAGGAUAAACUGGUUACUGAAGAUGAAAGAAUGAACUACAGAAAAGACUUCUCACGUGACUGGAUGACGUGCAAAGUUUUUACCCAGAGCCGUGAAACGAGUUGUGCUGAGAUGAGACUGAAGUCAGCCUGCAGGUGCAGGGGGCGUGGUUAGACUGCUGGUGAAGGGGUCGUGGUCAAGCAGCUGCUGGAGGGGGGCGUGGUGAUGCUGCUGGUUAAGGGGCGGGAUCAGAUUGCUGGUGGUGGAGGCGUGGCCAUGUUUGUGGCGGCGGGGGCGUGGCCAGCCUGCUGCUCGUGAAGGGGGCGUGGUUUGGCAUGGUGUAACAUGGGACAGCGCACACAAUUCAAUGAUCUGAGCAUCAAGUCUGACCUGGAAUGACGCUGUCCUGUUUUGAGACACUGAAUGCGGUGAAAGUAAGUGCUGAAAGGAAACGAGUUGAGAUUUGAGCUCUAGGAGCCCACAGGAACGAUUAUUUAAUGAAGAACAAGAUCAUCAUUCAUUUGUUGACAACAUGUGCGUGCUAUGGGCGGUGCUGUGAGCAGAAACAAGACACCUUUUUCAUCAGUGGAGAAGAGGUGUUUAUCCAGUGAGCAAAGGUUCCCGUCUCUCCAUGACGUACUUGUAGACCAAAGCAGUCCGUUCAGGCAGCAGAGUGACCAGUGCACAACAUCCCACAUCUGUAAAUGUACCAAACGCCAAGAGACAAAUCCUCUACCUACAUCCACGUCCAUCUUCCUGCCAGAAUUUCCGCACCGUGACGGGAGACCUACACAUUUACAGGUAACUGGGGUAAUAGCCAAAGGAUCAUUUGGCCCUAUUCUGAAGGUGAAGGACUGGUCAAAGGAGAAGACCUAUGCUAUAAAGGUUUUACCCAAAUCUGAGGUUCUGAGACAUGGGGUCCUGGAACAGUCGAAAGAGGAGGUUAAAAUCCAGCGGCAGCUCAAGCACACUUUUGUCCUCGGUCUGGAGGACUGUUGGCAGAGUCAGAACAACCUCUUCAUCAUGUGUGAUUACUGCAGCACUGGAGAUCUGUACACCUACUGGAUGCUAACGGGCCAGUUUAAAGAGAGGGAGGUUCAGGUGUUUGCCGCUGAACUCGGCAGUGCUUUAGGUUUUCUUCAUGACUUUGGUGUAAUGCACAGGGAUUUGAAGAUGGAGAACAUUCUUUUAACUGACCAAGGUCACGUCUGCCUGGCAGAUUUCGGACUGUCUCGUCGACUUGAGCGUGGUGAAAAGGCGUUUACAAUCUGCGGGACAAUCCAAUACAUGGCUCCAGAGGUUCUGACUGGGGGUCCUUACAGCCAUGCAGCAGACUGGUGGUCUCUGGGCAUCCUGUUAUACACACUGGCUGCUGGAGAGUUCCCACUUCCUCCAGAGUCAGACCACAGCAGCAUGCUGACCAAAGUCACUGAGUAUCCUUAUGAAAUGCCUCUGAGCUUCAGUCCUGCACUGGCCCUGUUGCUCACAGAGCUCCUGUGCAAGACUCCUAUGCAUCGCCUGCGCUGUCUGGAACGCUAUAUGAGUCAGAGGUUUUUUAAUGGCGUCUCAUUUGACUCUCAGGUGCUGAUGAAGAUUCCCAUUCAACCAAUCCUUGAGCUAAAGGAUCACCCUAACCGGCCAGAGAAAUCAAUGAGAGGAUUAACAUACGACCAGCUUCAGAACUUUGAAUGUAAUCUCUUUGAAGCUCCUUCCUCAAAUACAGAUUUAUCGCCUGCUAUCCCUCACCAACACUGAAGAGGCCUCAGAUUCUGCAUAUGGUGCAAUAUCCUCAACCAUUUCUAGACCAGAACCAAAAAAAUUGACAAUCUAGAUAUGAACUAUACAAACAUAUGUAUAUAUGUGAAAGAAACACAUCUAUAGAUUGUGCUUCUGUCAGAGUAAAGAAAAAAAGAAAAAUAAUCUUUUAAAAUAAACUAUAAACAUAUAUUUGGUCUGUCCUUUGAGAAUAUUUCCAAAUGUUUGUUUUUUUCUUUUAGUAAUCUCUGUAUCCAUUGCCCUUUUUUCAAACUGGGUUUGGCUAAGCUAGAAUGGUUCUGUAGGAACUGCUUCAGGAUGUUUACUGAAUGGAAAUGAUUAUUCACAUGUGGGAUUUUGCUAGAAAUGAUUUCAAUAUAAAUUAUUGUAACUGUGAAUGGUACUAUCUAACUUUUAGACCUUGGUAUGACCUAUUUGUGAGAGCAAAGACAAACCCAAAUGGGAGCAACCUUAAUAGGGCAGAAAAUUGAAGACCAGAUAAAGCAUCAUUAUUAAUGUUUUUAAUUAGGUAUCAGGGAAAAAAAACCCAAAGCCCCUGUGGAGUAGGCUAAAUAUAACAUUAUCUCUUUGUGAUUUUCCCUGGGGGCCCCUCCCAGACCCCAUCUUUCCUGCAUGUGCAGAGUAACAUUGGAAAAUCCACCUAAAUCUGCACCAAUCAGGUUCAGCACCUGAUCAUAAUCUCUAUGAAGUUUGAGUUUUUCCUUGCCACUGUCAACUCUGGCUUGCUCAUUAGGGAUCUUCAUCUACAUCUAGAAUUCCGUAAAGCUGCUGUGUGACAGUGUCUAUUGUUAAAUGCAUUAUACAAAUAAAAUC